UUAGGCAUUUUUGCUAUUAUCACCACCACCACCACCACCACCACCACCAACGUCGGUGCACAAAGUUCUACAAUCCGUCGUUUUCUUGUGUUGUGUACCGCUAGCGAACCGGCAAAUACCCCGAGCCGGUUGUCAUUCAAUAAUUAAUUUCGACGUUCCGAUUGCUUGGUGCACUGUUGAACGACGUUUUCGAACGUCUUUAAAUCGAAUCGUCUUCAUUUCGUCGUGUAGAUAAGGUGCUGCAACGAAUUCGCAGAGUUGUUUUUUUGUGUUUGAACGGCAUGUUCGAAUGUCGACAAAGGCAAGCAUUUUGGUUUAAAAGCUAUUGCCUAGCAUUUCUUGGAACUUGUUGCAAAAAUCAAGGUAAAGAUAAUUUUUGAGUUGAUUUCGCAUUUUGCUAAAUCGACCUGGUGGUGAUUGACGGAAGGCAUUGGGCCACGAUUGCACCAUGAACGCGCGCUCGCAGACGUUCGACCUGCGCAUGGAGGGUCGCCAGGUGGAUGAGGCGGUGUCGAGCAUCUUCCACACGAUCCUGUUCCACCGCAGCUUGGGCAAGUUUAUGUACACCGGCGAGGCGAUGUACUCGAUCGGUACGAUCGGCUACCGGGAUGUGGACUGCGACUUCAUCGACUUUACGUACGUUUGCUGCAUGUCGCCGCUGCUCGAGCAGAAGCUGCGGCACGAGAUCGGCAACUUCAGCCGGCAGCUGCGCAGCAACGACAGCGGCGGCACCGGCCAGAUCAGCCUGGAGUUUUUCCAGCGCAAGAAAACGCGCUGGCCGUUCCAGACCGACUGCAUCCCGUGGGAGGUGUGGACGAUACGGCUCGAGCUGAUGACGCUCACGAACGAGGACGAUCGGCUGGUGUGCCGGGAGCGCGUCAGCGACAUGCUCACCGACAAGAUCUUCUGCAUCACCGAGAUCAUGAACCGGCACGACUACGUGCCAAAGAUACCGAACCAGGCCGAGCUGGAUAUGGUGUUCGACACGAGCUACCCGGACGUGCAGCCGUACCUGUUUCAGUUCAAAUUCAGCACCGCCGGUCCGACCGCGACGUCCGUUAGCAGCACCAUGAAGAAGUUGAUAAAGGAAACGCUCUCGUUGUGACUAACACGCCGACGCUCUCUCGUCCGGCGGCGGCGAUUCGUCCCUCGAACUGUCUCCAUCGAACGAUCGCUCGCGGGCCUUCCGAUCGCGCCACCGUCGCAAACGCUAUCCGUGCGUUCGACGUUCCGAAGCAGAGGCUAAGCGUAGCUACGGCCUUGGCGUUGCUUUGCUAGACGCUGCAUGUACCACAAACUUCGACAACAACCAUAGCAUAGCGCUAGCCACACAUAGCGAACUUCUUGAACGGCGCUAUGUAAAGUGAUUCAGAAAGUGAUACAUUGUCGAACAUAACUGUUACAACACAAAUGGCAGGACUGCCCCGUGGGAGAGCUAGUUGUUCGUGUCCGCCUGCCGACUGUCUUACUCAGCUGGCAGAUUUUCUUUUUUUAUUUCUGAGCAAAACAAAACCAUAAUACUGAUACGUUUAGCAAGCGGACUCAAUCAAGCGACUCACUUUUUCGUUACUGCUUUUGUCGGCCUUACAUUACGGUUUUAUCUUAAGCACACUUAAGUACGAAGGCUUUGUCUAGGAAUACUAAGUAGAAACCACAACUUUACAACAACCAACACGAACCAUAGGUGAGACUAGAUGUUAAAUGUUUAUCCAAAGAUUUUUUCAAUCACUUCAUCCAGCCCUUGAAGGUGCAGCGUUAAACGUGAACCGAAAAGAAGGGAAAGGGUGAGAUGAAAAAAGAUUAGUAAAGCGCGAUGAUGAACAGAGGGUGAACGCUAAACACACUCUUUCUCACAAAUCAGUGGGUACUGCCCCGGGUUUACAAUAUUGGUAGCUUUAGUGUUGAAAACAAAAGAAAACAAAAAACACAAAAAAAACAACAUAAAAAAACGAACUCACAGUCAGGCCAAGGCAAAUUUAGUCCCAUUAGGCAUUAUUUUAGUUCUAGUAAGUGUAUCUGUAUAUGUUGGCCGUGUUCGGCAGCAGCAUUAUUCGGCUUCAUGUCGUCCCACCUGCAAGCAUACAUAAAAAAAAAAAACAUAUUAACCAUACAGUAACAAGAUGCCCCGUAUCUGUAGAAAUUUAAGGAAACAAGGAUGUGAAACCCGAAGCUAAAGGCUCCCCACCCCCUCCAUAUGGGGAAGAGCCGGGAAUGCUUUCGAAAGCAAACGAAUGCCCCAACUCCAAAUCCCAAACGCUACGGCUUAAUGGAUCACGACGCAACACAAUGCCCCAUUUUUACGUUGUACUACGUCUGCUUUUUUAAGCAAAGCAUCUUAUAUCAAUCAAAUUAGCUUUAGAUGUUUUUUUUUUAGUUUUAAUUGUUUCAAUCUCGGUGAAUUUACUGUUAAUAGUUUGCUUGGGUGUUAGUAUACGCAGAAAAGAUCAUAAAACAUAAAGGAAAUACGUUUUCCGGUCGAAUUAACCAAGAGCUGUAUAACAUUGAAGUAACAAACGUACCCGACUACUUUAUCGUCGUCGGGCAGGCUGUAUCCACACUAUCUGUAAAAAAAAGUAAUGAUGUAAAUAGUUCGUAAGUAGUACUGCACAUUCUGUAGGCAAUGAGGAGGGAGGGUACAGGUGAGCAGCCCCUUUGCUCUGCCCAUCGGAAGUGAGUUGAAUUGCGAAAGGUCCUCAAUGUGAAGACGGCCCCCUUAAUAGAAAUAAUCGUUGACAAAGGAAAUAAAAGUGAUGCCUCAACACAUGAUGAUGAAACUGGAAACCUUAAA